AUGUCCGACCCCGACCUCACUAGCUUCAGCGACCCCGGAACCUCCUUCUCUCAUAGCUUCUCCCUUCUCUCUGCCCCGAUCUCAUUUGCCAAGUCGAAGCCCGUCGCGCAGCGUCCAUCAACAACUGCGGGCCCUCGAGACGAGCGGCGGCGGCACGCUGUUGAUAUCGCUCGGGAAUCUGUCCUGCUUAGCCCACCCGAGCAGGCGUUUGACGAGAACGCGCUGCCGACACAUGAGGAGAUUGCGGACGCGGCGUCGUACCUCGUCAUGGCUGAAAAUGGAAUCAGAGUUCCGUUCGGCGAGCUUUUCCGGCACGAGCGGGUGGUGUUUAUUUUCAUCCGUCACUUCUGGUGCCCUUACUGCCAGGACUACAUGGCCUCAAUAGCUUCGACCGUCGACCCUCGGGUGUUGCGAGAUGCUGGCGUCAGCUUGAUCAUUAUUAGUAAUGGAUCAUACAAAAUGAUCAAGUCCUAUCGCAAAAUCUUUCGCAUGCCAUUCAAGAUAUAUACAGACCCUGCUCUUCGUGUUUAUCAGGCACUAGGAAUGGGCAGACGAACAGGACCUGACCCGCAAGUUCGUGGGUCCUAUAUUAGACAUGGAUCCGUGCGAGGUGCAGGAAUGGUUCUGCUCAACGCUCUGCGUGUGGGGAUGCCCAUGUGGGGGCGUGGAGGAAACAUGUCACAGCUCGGCGGGGAGUUCGUUCUCGGACCUGGCCUGCGUGUAUCAUGGGCGCACCGCAUGCCUUCUGCACGUGGGCACGCGCCAAUCAUCCGCGUUCUUGCCAAUGCAGGGGUCUCCGUGUACGCAACGAGCGAACGUGUACGGCGAACUGGUGCACAUGUCAUGACCCAUGCAGAAGAACUCGAGUGGAUGGAAGGGCGUCGGCGGAGCUUGAACCGCAUGCAGCAGAAGAAGAUGGCUCGCAGGCUGGGCGUACGCGUUGAUGCAUGUGGCAGUACUGAGUCUUCGAGCAGCGAGGGCGACACCGAAGACAGGGUAGAUGAGUGUGGCUUCGUGCAAGCCAAGGGGCAAGAGCGACAAAAGCAUGGCAUCAAGGUACUUCGCCGCCGCCCACACCGGAAAAUGAAGCAGGAGACGCUCAUUGAGGAGCGCGACGAACUCCAAAUCGGAAUCGAUGGAGGAGUAUCCACGGCGUUUGCCAUGGGUGAAGUUGAGACCGCGCGUCAACCGGAUUGA